UGAAAACCUCAUCCACUUGCUCUCACCACCUCCACUCAUUUCCACUUGUUCCUCCCAUGCCAAUACAGAAUCUCAACACAUUUACACGAGGAAAGGAUAAGAGUUAAGAGUUGAGACCCUCACAAAAAAAUAAGCAACCAAACCCACACACACACACACCAUGUCUUGCUCCAAUCUCACAAUGUUGGUCUCCUCAAAACCCUCCCUUUCCGACGGCUCCAGCCUCUCCUUCCGCUCCGUCCUCAACCCUUUUCAGCUGCCAUCACAAAACCCCUCCACCGCCCCUCCCCGCUCCUCCUCCGCCGCCCCAAUCCAGUGCGGCCUCCGCGAGCUCCGAACCCGCAUCGAAUCCGUCAAGAACACGCAGAAGAUCACCGAGGCCAUGAAGCUGGUGGCUGCCGCCAAAGUCCGAAGAGCCCAAGAAGCGGUGGUGAACGCACGACCCUUCUCGGAGACCCUCGUUGAAGUCCUCUACAACAUCAACGAACAGCUCCAAACCGAAGACAUCGACAUUCCCCUCACCAAAAUCAGGCCCGUCAAAAAGGUCGCUCUCGUCGUCUGCACCGGCGACCGCGGCCUCUGCGGCGGCUUCAACAACAACAUCAUCAAAAAAGCCGAGGCAAGAAUCGCUGAGUUGAAAAAGCUUGGCCUUGAAUACACCGUCAUCAGCGUCGGCAAAAAGGGUAACUCUUACUUCAUUCGCAGGCCUUAUAUCCCCGUCGAUAGGUUCCUCGAGGGUGGCACUCUUCCCACCGCCAAGGAAGCUCAAGCCAUCGCCGAUGAUGUUUUCUCACUCUUCGUUAGCGAGGAGGUUGACAAAGUUGAGCUUUUGUACACUAAGUUUGUGUCUUUGGUGAAAUCCGAUCCCGUGAUUCACACGUUGCUGCCACUCUCCCCGAAGGGAGAGAUUUGUGACGUGAAUGGGGUUUGCAUUGAUGCCGCUGAAGAUGAGUUUUUUAGGUUGACUACAAAGGAGGGAAAGUUGACUGUGGAGAGGGAUGUUGUGAGGACUAAAACCGCAGAUUUUGAAGCCAUUUUGCAGUUUGAGCAGGACCCUGUGCAGAUUCUUGAUGCCUUGUUGCCCUUGUAUUUGAACAGCCAGAUUCUUAGGGCGUUGCAGGAGUCUUUGGCCAGUGAGCUUGCAGCCAGGAUGAGUGCUAUGAGCAAUGCAACGGAUAAUGCCACUGAGUUGAAGAAGAACUUGUCCACUGUUUACAAUAGGGAGCGCCAGGCCAAGAUCACUGGGGAAAUUCUCGAGAUUGUUGCUGGUGCCAAUGCCUUGCAAUAGUUCCCUUUAUUUCCUCUUUCUUCUUAUCAUGGGUGUCGACUUCCACUUCGAGUGCCCCUUUUUGUUUUCUCAUGUGUUAUUUUUAAGGUUAUGUUGUCUCAAAUCUCAAUGCAAUAGGAAAUUGCAGUUUAAUAUGGACCGCACACCUUUUUUUUACCUUCUAAAUAAUUGUGUAUGUAAUGUAAUGAAUUAAAUAUAGAUCUAUAAUAUAAAAAUUCAGGGAGUUUUUCUCUCUGUUGAUUUGA